GAUAAUUUCAACGUGGUUUUGUUGGAAGCGCCGGAGAAGUUAGACGUUGCUGUGUAAAUUGUGUAAAUUGAGUGAAAGAAAAAGAGCAGAAAUUGUUGAAGAAAAAAAAAGAAAAGUAGCAGAAGAAACGAGAACGGAAAACAGUUUAAACACACAUUUUAUAUAAACGAAAUACAAUGGAAAAUCAAAGCAACGCAGCUCCCGCUGCCGCCGCUACUGAGAAUGGCGCUAACGCAGCGCAGGAGGUAUCAUCGACAACUCAGCCCUUGGAGCCUACAAAGCGCUCAUUGCGCGUCCAAACCUGGAAGAAAAUCCAGGAGGGCAGGGUUGGAAUCGGCUCUAACAGCAUAUUCAAUCGAAUUCCUGCGUUCGUGGAUGCCGAUAAGGCCGCUGCAUUGCUCAUUCAGCAGGAGGAGUUCAAGAAAGCACACCACAUUAAAGUGAACAUCGAUCGGGCUUUGCACGACUUUAAGGAACAGGCUCUGCUGGCUAACAAGACUGUCUACUUGCCCAGCACACGUGACUCGUCGGCACUCUGUUUUAAGGUUGAAGUGCCAGGGGAUGCCCCCGAUGAGCAAAAAAAGGUGGCCCUGCGUGUCCAGGAAUUACAAAAGUACCGCACGGAAAUUGGACUUGACAGUAACCUGAAACUUGAUUUGGUAGUUAUCGGUUCGGUAGUGGUGUCGCGCGAUGGCUAUCGCAUUGGCCGCGGUAAUGGAUUUGCCGAUCUGGACAUAGGUCUCCUGAUUGAAUUGGGCGCCAUUACACCAGAAACAGUCAUUGCCACAAUUGUGCAUGAUUUGCAGGUGGUGGACACGUUGCCUGUAAACCUGUUUCAGAAAUACGAUACACCGGUGGAUUUAAUUAUAACGCCCACCGAAGUGAUACGCGUGGCCAAACACCUGCCCCGUCCCGCCGGUGUCUUCUGGGAAGUGUUGUCCGAGCGUCGCCUUAAGAUUUUGCCCGUGUUGCAACAGCUUAAGGAGCGAGAAGAGAAGUCGGGCAAGGCCAUAGCCCUGAAGGAGGAAGAUACCGAUGUCGAGCAGCAUCAAAACAAUAGGCGUCGUCGUGGACCGAUGCGUCGUCGCUUCCAACGAGGAAACCCAGGACGCACCACCUCUCAGACUGAUAACGAACAGCAAGUCGGUGGACAGGAUAACGCACAGAAGCGUGCUCCCCGUCGUAAAGGUCGUUAUAUUAAUCGUCGCAGACGCCCAACUAGGUCUGAGGGCGAUCAAUCCGGUGUUGAGGGUGGUGCAAAGAGUGAGGAUCGUAAACAAAAUGAGGCCGGAGGUGGCGAGCGUCGUCAAAAGAAGAAGAACCGCGCUCCUCGUGACUUUUGUAUCAAAUUGACAAACCUGACGCGCGACAUUCGCGUCAAAGAUUUGAAAACGGAAUUGCGCAAACGCGAAUGCAAUCCCAUGUCAAUCACGUGGAAAGGUCAUUUUGGUAAAUGCUUCUUGCACUUCGGAAAUCGCAAUGGCACUCCCAGCACCCAGGAUGAUAUUGACAAGGUGCUAAAGUCACUGAACGAUCUCUCUCUGACGAUUACCACUGGUGGAGGCAGUGGUGCCAGUGCAGAAUCUACUGCUGCCGACGGCGGCGAUGCUGCUGCUGUGACAACUGAGCCGGUCGAGACCGCAACACCAGUGCAGACAAAAACCAUUAAUGUCAAUGUAGAGCUGAUCAAGUUUGGAGCUAAAAAGGGCACCAAUGCAGCUGGUGGUAAUGCUGGCGCUGGAGAAGACGGUAAUGCUGGUGAUGGCGGAGCCCUCAAUGGCGAAGAUCAAACAGCUGCUGGCAAUGGCGCAGAUGACACGGGCGCUGCACGCAUCGAGUCGGUGGACACCACCACUGUAUAGUACGACCAAGAGCUUGGUGCAGCCAACAAAAUGUUUAGGCGGAUGUCCGCCAGCAGUAGCAUCGCGUUUGGAGUUCAACGAAAACGAGUAUCAUUUUGUUUCGAGAGAAUCGAAAAGUAACACAGACACUAAACAAUCAACAAUAGCAGUGAACUCCAAGCGACACCAGAAACAACAACACACACACUUCAUCUCACUUCACACACACACAAAAACAACUCACAGCCAUUAACAACACUCAAGCACAGUCUCCAGAUAUCAUUAUUUGCCGCUUAAAGUUUCUUCUUUUCCUUUAUUCUUCUUCUAACAACGACAUUCAACAUCUAUAGAGAAGAGCAACAGAGAAGCGAAAUACUUCUAACGACAAACACUCUGACACACAAAAUCACUGACGCUUUUUCUUAACAAUUGCAUUUGUUUUUGCUUAAAAAGAAAACAAAAUCUAAAAACAAAAAAAAAAACAAAAUUCGUGCAACAAAUGAGUUUUACACCCAAGCUAUACAACAAUUUUGGUGUUCCAUAUCUCCAAUGUGGUAAAACAUCCAAAACACACAAUUUCAGCCCCAAAUAGUAAUAACCCUUCACUAACUUGUUCUUUUACUUGGGCCAACUCAUGUUUUGCAGUUUUCAUUCAAAUUCUCUUUCAUAUAAAUUUAACUUUAUGCCCUCUCUGGACUCAAGAGCUUGCUAUUGGCCGAUCGUCCGGCCACUCCUCAUUUAGGCAGUUGAGCUGCUUUUUCUUGGGGAGCAAUGGCACGAUUUGGAUCGGUAGCAAUAAUUGGGUGUACGUUAAGAGCUAUUCGUAAAAUAUAUAGAAUAACCAUAAAACAAAACGAAAAAUUAAAAAAAAAAAUAUAUAAAAUCAAAAUACAAAAAAAACAAACGUGAAUUCAACAACAAUGAAUUAACAAACUAUUAACAUGUUGCAUUUCCGUUGAAAGAAAGAAAAACGAAACAAAAAAAAACAAAAAAAAAAAAAAACAAUAAUAGAAAAGAAGAGUCAAAAUUAUUAUUGUAAAUUUGGUUAGUGUUUACCAUACAUUAUUACACCACAAACACCAAUAACCAUAACUUAUAUAUAUAAAUAGAUAUAUAUAUGUUUUUAAAAAGAAAUGGAUCAACAAAGGCGUGAAAAACAAACAAUGAUACAAUACAAGAUUACAAUUAUUUACUCUUUUUUAUACAAAGAAAAGCAUUACAAGCAAACAAACAAAUGUGAAACAUGAUUGAAAUAUAACUUGAAAUAAAAACUUCAAAAAAAUCGAA